AUGUCUUCCUCAUCCGCCCAAACAACCCGCCCACCCCCCGCAAAGCGCCGCCGCGCGCUUUCACCAACCUCAGCCCAAGCCGCGCAGCUAACAGCGCUCUUCUCAAACCCUUCCCAAGAAAUCCGCCUCCCGCCACCGCCAGGGAGCAGCGCAAGCACGGGUCGCAAACCACUCCCGCCGCCGCCCGAGAUCGUGACCAACGUGCAGGGGUCCUCGGCCGGCGCCGGAUCGGGCGAGUUCCACGUGUACAAGGCGGCGCGGCGGCGCGAGUACGAGCGGCUGCGGCAGAUGGAGGAGGACCUGCAGCGGGAGAAGGCGGCCGCGGAAUUCGAGGCGCGCAAGCGGGAGCGGGAGCGGGAGGACGAGGAGAGGACAAGGCGAAAUCGGGGGCGGAGGGAGAAGAAAAAGAAGAAGAGGGCCGGUAAGGGCAACGGGAGCCGGGGUGGUGGGAAUAAUGAUGAUGAUGGGGGGAAGCAAGAGUGGGCGCGUACAGCGGGGGAUGGGAAAAUGGAAGUGGAUGUGGACGGGGAUGGGGAGAAGGAGAAGUGCAACGAGGUGGGUGGUGGGAAGCAGGAUCGGACAGCGCCAGCGCCAGCGCUGGCUGCGGCGGACAGGCCGGGGUUGGUUAUCCACGACGAUGAUUGA